AGGAGAAGAUCAUUGGACAGCGUCACUUACAGCGCUGGUGUGUUAACUUCCUGCUUCCGACGACAACAAUAUGGCGGCGCCCAUAGCGAUACACCUGGAGUUUGGGGGAGGGGCGGAGCUACUGUUUGGCAGUGUGAAGGAGCAUCAUGUGACCCUGCCCAACCAAUCAGCACCCUGGGACAUGAAGCAGCUGCUGGUAUGGAUCAGAGGGAACAUGCUGAAAGAACGGCCAGAGCUCUUUGUCCAGGGAGAUACUGUGAGGCCUGGGAUCUUGGUACUCAUCAAUGAUGCCGACUGGGAAUUGAUGGGUGAGUUGGAGUACGAGCUACAGGACAAGGACAACGUAGUAUUCAUCUCUACUCUCCAUGGAGGUUAGGAUACACUGGGUGUAGAUGUCCACAGGCAGCUCCCCUCACUUCCUCCUACUGCUAUUGUUCCAUCACAAAACCAAACUCGCUGGACUCUUAGACCUCUCCGCUCCAACCAACCACUGAAAGAACACUGGGAUGCUAUGAUUUAUGUUCUCCCAAGACCUCAGCCUGUAUUCAUUCCUUUUUUAGAUCAUAAUUAUUACAAUUAUAAGGACAGGGUGGGCCUGGUCCUAGAUCAGCACUCCGACUUGUUUUUUUAUAUUGGUGCUGGUCCUCCAGAAUGUUCUUUUUUUUUUUUUUUGUGGAGUGAGGAGAAGAUUUCAUCUACGGAGAGGGACUCUAUGGUGAUGGCGUGAGUCCAUUCAAAUAGAUUCAGAAGAGACAGUAGGACUUGAGCUGAUACUUUUUUUGCCUUGAACUCUGCGUGUGAUUGGUCAAGAAUCAUAAUAAUUUACCUCCUUUUUAACUUUUUUUUAAAUUCAUCGACAAAUUGCUGCUUCAAUCCUUCAAUGUAUGUUUUGAGACAAAAUGGAAAUUGAGACGAUUAAUCUGUCAAAACAAAGAUGCAUUUAGCUUGCUGCAAUGAUGUAACCAUAAACAAAUGUGUUUAAUUGACUUACUAGAUCAUAUUAAUAAAAGAAAAGGAUUGCAUACUUUAA